AGUAGUCCAUAAUCCAAUUUUCAGACGGCCGAGUGAGGAAGAAGAAGAAGUCGCCGGAAAACAGUGAAGAAGAAGCCGGAAAACUGAUCAAUGGCCGGCGUCGGAGAACCUCAAAGAAGACAAGGUAGACCAUAUCAACCAUCUAGAGGUCCUCCCGGUCCACCAGCAAGAGGCGGUCCUCGUUUUGAACCUGUUGAUCGUGAGAAGACUUGUCCUUUGUUGCUUCGAGUUUUUACAAAGACUGGAAGUCAUCACAGUGAUGAAGAUUUCGCUGUGAGAGGCAAAGAGCCAAAAGAUGAAGUGCAGAUAUAUACAUGGAAGGAUGCCACCCUUCGCGAGUUAACCGACUUGGUCAAAGAGGUAGCACCCGAGGCAAGAAAAAGAGAAGCUAAUCUGUCAUUCGCCUUUGUUUAUCCAGAUAAACAUGGGCGUUUUGUGGUCAAAGAGGUUGGGAGGACUCAUUCAUAUCCAAAUGUAAGGAGACCUGAUAAUGGUAGCAAGGCAUUAGGUGACCUUGGUUUCCAGAUUGGAGAUUAUUUGGACGUGGCUAUUCAGUAACCGCUAUUUCAGAGAGUAUGUAUUCACAAGACUACUUCAUUUUCGACUUAAAUGUUUGUAAAACAAAAACACUGUAUUUCUGUUAUUUUCUCUUCUCUUUCGGAUACCAGUAUGCAUGUGAAAAUGGGUUGAACUUUA